GUGCUUCAAAGACCUGAAGCCCUCCUUGCCUGCAGCCGGGACACUGACCCCAAUUGUAAAACAGAGAGUUUACCCAUAUAUUCGUGGACAAUGGCUUCCGUUAUUCGACCUUUUAUAACCCGCCGUGUAAUCGUUCCCCAGUUUAAGAUCGCUCCGAGAAUCCAACGUCGGAAUGCCCAAGUCCUGAACGUCCGAUUUCUGCAAACACCCACAGCACCCCUGGUAUUAGAGAAAUAUCGUGAAAAGCUGGAGGCGAAGCUAAAAAGCGAGGGGUUAGGUUCGCUUGAAGAACUUCGAGAAGUAUAUCGGGAUAGGAUUGAAAAUGUGCGGAAGGAAUCUGCGCCCCCACGCUCCCCUAUCGACCCACUAUUACAAGAUCCUCCCCCACCUCCUCCAUCCCCCCAACCUUCUUCAUCUGUAGAGACCGCUUCUGCAUCCUCGCCAUCUUCUGUUCAAACGGGGGGGGCAAGGUCUACUGAUGCCCCACCCCCAGGCGUGAAGACACUCUCGUCGUUUGUCGAUGUGGACAGGCUCACCGCGCACUCUGAUCCGAAGGAGAUAGAAUUCAUAUGGAGAGCUCGCUUUCUCGAUGAUAAGAAUAGUCUCUGCGCAGUGAUUCCUAAGGAUACAUAUGCCAGUCUUGAAGAGUCUGCUUGUCAAUACCCGAUGUUCAUCCUCCCACUCCCACGGGAUAAUGGUGCCGAAAUGCACUUCCUUCAAUGGACCUUCCCAACCCCACGUACCUCUACAAUUAUCUUCGCCUCUCUCGCCGAGUACAAGUUGAGGGGGGAAUUUGCCGUCCCGCAUACCACGUUCUCUCACCAUCUCGAACUGGCAGAAGACAAGGGUAUUGUGUUAGCACAGGGCGCUGUGACACCUGAUAGAGGGGUUACUGCUAAUGAUGCUCGAUGGCUAGUUAUGGCCCUCCAGAGGUUUUAUGGGGCUCUGGAUAGCGAGGAGAGCGGAGUGAGGAGGAAAAGGCUGUUGGAGAUGUUCUCGAAGGGUGAUGACGGGUUUAAAGUAGAGAGCUUGAUCGAAGAGGUGGAGAAGUGGGGUUGAUUUCGUUCAUGGGUCUCGAUUUAUCGAUAUAGGUCCUGUGAGACGUAAGUUACUGUACAUGUAGAUGACAAAAUACACAGAAGCGAAUCAUGCGAUGUCACUCGAGUUAUCCUGUUUUUCGCACAGACCGGUGCUCGCAACCGAUAGACUAUGGGGCGAUAUGUUGCCCUUCCGUGUGGCUCGCCAUUCUCCGCCCCUGGUGCUCAUGAGUUUGCUCGUGAUCCACUAAACCUGGCUUUUCUCAUACGCAAGCAUGCGUGGCCAGACCCCCCCCCGGGGAUCCCAAACUUUGGGUGCAGAUAUACGCACGGUGUAUCCUGUGGUGGUGAAAAUACACCCGCACUUUGAACAUCUUGCAAUGCGAAGCACCCCACUUUCACCUGCCCUCCAACGACAGUAAGGUCGCAAAGAAAAGUCAAUGGUAUCUUACCUCCCCCCCCCCCUAUCCUUACUAACAAACACAAACCUUCCCCUA